AUGGGCGCCGCGUGGCGGUCGCCGGGAUGGGGAGCGGGCACCAGGGAGGUGUCAUCCCACUCGGAGAACACGAAUACGUUCGUGAAGGAGGCGCUGACGGUGCUGGAGUACCCGGACAAGCUGCAGAAGCUGCUGCUGAACCCGGAGAGGGAGCUGUGCGUGGAGCUGGUGGUGCAGAUGGACAAUGGCGAGGUGGAGGUGUUCAAUGCGUACCGUGUGCAGCACAACAACGCGCGAGGGCCCUACAAAGGCGGCCUCAGGUAUCAUGAACAGGUGGAUCUGGACGACGUUAGAAGUUUGGCGAGUCUCAUGACCUGGAAGACCGCAGUGAUGGACAUUCCGUUUGGGGGCGCCAAAGGCGGCGUCACUGUGGCGCCAAAAUACUUUUCUGAAAGAGAGCUCGAAAAACUCACAAGAAAGUUGGUGCAGGGCAUCAAGGAGGUCAUUGGACCCUAUGAAGACAUUCCAGCUCCCGACAUGAACACGGACGCACAUGUGAUGGCAUGGAUAUUUGAUGAGUACUCCAAGUUCUGUGGGUUCUCCCCAGGAGUAGUGACUGGGAAGCCCGUGCACCUGCAUGGUUCCCGAGGCAGAGAAGCUGCCACAGGGCGGGGAGUGGUGGAUGCAACAAGGGAAAUGUUGAACUACAUGGACGAUGGCAAGUUGUCAAACAAGAAGAUUGUCAUUCAGGGCUUCGGCAACGUAGGCGCCCACGCCGCUAGGAUCUACACCGAGCUGGGCGCCAAGGUCACCGCCGUGUCGGACGUCAACGGCGCCGUGAUUAACGCGGACGGCUUAGAAAUCGCGGGCCUCAAGGCCCACAUGGACGGCGGUGGACCCAUCCAAGAGUUCAAGGGCGGCUCGCCGCUGCCCAAGGAACACAUACUGGAGGUGGAGUGCGACAUACUGGUGCCGGCGGCAAUCGGGGGGGUAAUCACGGAAGACAACGCGAAGCAGCUGGCCUGCCGUUACGUGGUGGAAGCUGCCAACGGGCCCACGACGCCCGAGGGUGACGCAAUCCUGCGCGACAGGGGCGUCGUGGUGCUGCCGGACAUCUACACCAACGGCGGCGGCGUGACGGUGAGGUGCAGAACCUGCAGAACUUCAAGUGGGAGGAGGAGGACGUCAACAACAAGCUGGCCAAGCGCAUGCACGACGCGUUCGUGGGCAUAUGGGGAGUGCACAAGGAGAGGGGCCUGCCGCUGA